GAUCAAUGUGACCAUGCCCAUUGUGUUUCUAGAAUCAUUUGAUUAUCUCGAGUCGCAACUGAAGAACAAGUGCCACCAACAUUCCCAUAUUAGUUGUUCCUAAAUAGUUUGAAUUCUCCCAUGUUAAAUUCCUCGCUCCCUACAUAACUCUCUCCGUCUCUCCUUAGCCUGCUUGAUCCUUUCCUUUUCUCCUGAAUCAUAUUAUAUAACGCUCAGCCAGGCAUUUUCCGCCGCCACCAACAACCUCCCCAAUCAGAAAGCUUCAGUCUCAUCCAAAUCCUCAUGUUAUAAAUCCUCCUUGCACUACCGGUACCAACAACCGUACUAGACCAAAUGUCAAUUGACUGUUUUACAUGUACGGAAAUACUCCAGCUCUAACUAUAAUACGAGUUCUUCAUCGCCCCAUCCUGUUUGAUCCCGUCAGCAGUGACAUUUCACUCCAACAAGCGCACGGAACUUUGGGUCUGGAGGGUACUUUGAAUCCACAUCAAACAGCAAAACAGCCAAACCGUCUCAAGUCUUUAAUACCUCAUAAUCGUCCAUCGAAACUUAGUCCAAGCAACUAUCCAGACUCAAACUACAGCUGGUUUCGUGUUUUAGUCAAUCAUAAGAGGAAAAUCUUCGAUUGGAAUUGGAAUUGUUUCAAACAUUCUUAUAUAUUGGACUGAAAGACCCUGCCAAGACUCUUGGUUCCUCAACUCCAUUCGAUAAGACUAUGAAUACGGGGAAAAUCAUGUCCCACUUAUCAUCCCGUCAUGGCACCGAAACUACUGAGAGAUAUGAUGAAAUGACGGAAAUGUUAAAUGGUUCCAUACGGAUUUCUCAUGAUGACGAUUUCCAAGCUUCAAAUCAUUUAUCUAGUUCUUUAACUCGUUUUAGUUCACCAAUGGAAAAAUCAAGGAAACCAGCAGAUUCUUUCGAAUAUUCGGAUACACCGACUUUACGAGAUGAAUUCAUAUCAAGACCCAGGAAUUCAAACCAGACAAGUAGGGCGAGAUAUUGGUUGAAUAAGAUGACUUUAAAGAGUAGGAGGAAAUCAUCUUUUGAUGAAAUUGAUGGAUUUGAGGAUUUCAAUUCGGACACAACUACAGGUAUAGGGGAUGGAUUAUUGACGGGUUUACAUAAAACGACUAGACGGCAGAAGAAAAGCAAUGGGAUAUUCAAUUAUUUCGUCUUUGGGGGUAUAAGUGGUCUAGGAAUAUUAUCCAUUCUUCUUCUCACAAAUCUUAUGCUCGGGGCCGCAACAUUAUUUUGGCGCAAUGAUAUCGAUGAUGUUCUAAAAGAUUGGGGGAAACCUGGAACAGGUACAGAAGAUUUAGCUUGGUAUCCAACCGACUUCACACGAGAUAUAAAUCCCAUUCCAUGUCAUUCGCACAAUGACUAUUGGAGACGGGUACCAUUAUUCGAUGCAUUAAGAGCAGGAUGUACAGGAGUGGAGGCAGAUGUUUGGCUUUUCGAUAAUGAUUUAUACGUUGGACAUAAUACCGCAUCUUUACAACGAAAUCGAACAUUUCAAUCCCUUUACAUCAACCCUCUUGUCGAAAUUCUCGAACGACAAAAUCCAACUACUGAUUUUUAUAAUGGAACAAAUCAUGGAGUUUUCGAUGCGGAUGAUGGGAAAUCCCUAAUACUCCUAGUGGAUGUGAAGACUGAUGGUGCAGAUACAUGGGAAUGGGUCAUUCAACAACUCGAACCAUUACGAAAACGUGGAUGGCUUUCUUACAUUGAGAAUGAUACUUUACAUACUCGACCUAUUACUGUUGUUGGGACGGGAAAUACACCAUUUGAUGUCCUUACCAAAAAUUCAACAUAUCGCGAUGCAUUUUUUGAUGCACCACUUGAUACAAUGUGGGAAUCAAAGCAUAGUGCUGAGGAAAUGAAAGAUUGGUCUAAGUUUGAAGAUGGUGUACCAGGAGAGGAAUUAGAUGAAGAAGACGGUGAAGAGGGGCAAGUCUCUGAAACUUCUACCCCGAGUACUGUAUCCAUUCCGGCGAGAGAAGCUAUGCCGAUCCCUCAUAAGAAACCGAAUAAUGGACAAGGUAUGUCUGGUGUAUCACCAGAUACUGAUUUUAAUCCAUUAAACUCAUAUUACGCAUCUGUUUCUUUCAAUAAAGCAGUGGGUAAAAUAUGGAGAGGAAAAUUAAAUGCUAAACAAAUGAAGAUCAUUCGUGGGCAAAUUAGGGGAGCUCAUAGAAGGGGAUUGAAGACUAGAUAUUGGGAUCUGCCAAGUUGGCCAAUUGGUUUGAGAAACCAUGUUUGGGACGUUCUUGUCAAAGAAGGGGUUGAUUAUUUGAAUGUAGAUGAUUUGAGAGCGGCAGCAAAACAAGUUUGGUAAGGGGAUUAUAGAUUUUGUUCUCAAAGUUUGCAAAGACAAAGGCGAUGGUGUAAAGCAUGGUGGGGUGUUUAUAUGAUGUUGAGUUCAUGAUCGAUCAUCAUGAUGUUUGAAUAUUGGCAUUGGGGCAUAUUUAUGAGGAAUUCUUGGUGCAUAGAUGGCGUUUUUAUUUGCAUUAGCAUUGGGUAUACCUUGGGGAGUAGUUUGUCAUGAAGACAUGAUGAGUGUGAUAUUGUAUCCCAAUAUUUUAGUAUAGGAAUCAAAACAACAUUUACAUUCUGGGUGUGGCUCGUGGUGAAAUUUCGUUCA